UACAUUAAAGAUGUCUAUGUGUUGUCAUGAGGUGGAGUUUAUGUGAAAAUUGUUUUUGUUCUAAAAGCACACACUCAAUUAAUUUGUUUGUUAAACAUACUCUGCUCCAAACUAAUUAUCAUUUACUCUUUUAAUUUAUUAACCAUAUGUAUCCAAAUUUUCUCUUGACGGAAGCUCAUCCCCAAUUUCUUAACGAAUUUCAGUUUAGACUAUUUGCGGCUGUUGUCAUUAAUUUAGCGUCAAGGAUUGCAAAACUGUAUCGAAAAAUUAACGACAAAGUAUUUUAUGUUAAAAUUGUUGGUUAACCUUGAUUCAACCAUUUCAUACCCACUAAAAAUCACAUGUUAGUUGGCUCUCAUAGAAGAGUUUCUAGUGAAACCGUCGGUAUGAUACGAUUUCACAAACACUAAUUUUUUCCGAUUAAAAUCAAUCGAUUAAAAAACAAGUUCAAUUCCCAUAAAAUUAAUGAUCCAUGGAUGUUGCUAACUCCAACCGUAUAUUAAGGGACCGAUAACAAUCCAAUUGCAAGAGAAUUUAUACAACCAAACACCAAUGGAGUAAUAGUCGAUGUGUGUUAUUUGUACUCUUCUACUUUCCUUUUCGUCAUUAAGAACGUUAAAUAAGAAGACGAGCUUUUGCCGUCUGUUCUCCCUCAAAACAGUCCACCGUUAAAGGAAGCAAUCCCUCCCCAAAUGAUACAAAAGAAAACCCAUCAACCCACGAAAUCCCUUUCACUAUGUAACUCCAAUUCUACCCAGAAAACAUCUCUCCCUCUCCUCACCAUCUAUCAGAAAAGUGUUCUUUCUUUUUCCCCUGUUUCACAGUUUCCUCCCUUCACAACCGUAAAUCCUCCCCAAAGAAGCAACACCACCUUCAAGCCCCCAAACCACACGCCAAUUAACACACACAGACAAAAUUUUGUUAAUUGAACUUUCCCCCAAACCAAACCGUCGGCCAAUUAUCCGACCCAGAAGAUCACACUUCCCCAAAUUUACCGUCCCCAAAGAAAAAACAGAGCAGAGACCCAGAAAAAACAGAGUAAGCUUGAGCUAAAACAGAGCCCACACUUGGCGUUCUGGUGGACCCACCUUCCUCAUCGACGUGUCAGCUCCUCCUUUUGCAUGGCUUCCUAAUUCCUGCUUCACCGCUUCCCCCUUUAAAUUCCACUCUUUCCCCUUCUCCAAUUCCUCUACCCCCAACACCCCACCAAGGAAAAGAAGAAGAAAAAAAAGUUCUUCCAUGGAGAUUCCAAAAGUUGCUUUCUUUCCCCUGCUUCUCGCUCUGUCUUUUCUCUCCGGAGAGGCCUUCCCGGCGAAGAACCCCUUCCAGCCCGGAAUCGUGAUGCCCACCGAGAAGGGUCCCAACGACGAUGAAGUCGGGACGAGAUGGGCGGUUCUUGUCGCCGGCUCGAAAGGGUAUGGAAACUACAGGCAUCAGGCCGAUGUUUGCCACGCGUACCAGCUGCUCAAGAAAGGCGGGUUGAAGGAGGAGAACAUUGUGGUGUUCAUGUUCGACGAUAUCGCUAACAGCGAGCUCAAUCCCAGGCCUGGGACCAUCAUCAACCACCCGCAAGGCGACGACCUUUACACCGGCGUCCCCAAGGAUUACACGGGCGAGAAUGUGACCGCGGAGAAUCUGUACGCGGUGAUCAUGGGUGACAAGGCUGCUGUGAAAGGAGGGAGCGGAAAGGUUGUGGCUAGCAAGCCGAACGACCGGAUUUUCUUGUACUAUUCUGACCAUGGCGGCCCUGGUGUUCUCGGGAUGCCGAACAUGCCUUUCCUAUACGCGAUGGACUUCAUCGAGGUCUUGAAGAAGAAGCACGCAACUGGUACGUACAAAGAAAUGGUGAUCUAUGUGGAGGCCUGCGAGAGCGGUAGCAUCUUCGAAGGGAUCAUGCCCAAGGACUUGAACAUUUAUGUGACCACUGCGUCCAACGCGCAGGAGUCUAGUUUCGGUACCUACUGCCCUGGCAUGGACCCUCCCCCUCCUCCAGAGUACAUCACUUGCCUCGGUGAUCUCUAUAGCGUCGCCUGGAUGGAAGACAGCGAGACGCACAAUCUGAAGAGGGAGACGGUGAAUCAACAAUACAAGGCCGUGAAGUCGAGAACCUCGAAUGGCAACACAUUCGCAGCCGGAUCCCACGUGAUGGAAUACGGGAGCCAUGGGAUCAAGCCGGAGAAGCUCUACCUGUACCAAGGCUUCGAUCCAGCCAGCGUCAAUCUCCCUCCACCGCCCAACGAAGGGUUGUCGAGGAUGGAUGUUGUGAACCAGAGAGAUGCAGAGCUCCUCUUCUUGUGGCACAUGUACAAGAGGUCGGAGAACGGAUCGACCAAGAAGGCAGCGAUACUGGAGGAGAUCAGGAAGACCGUGACAUAUAGGAACCACUUGGAUGGCAGCAUAGAGCUGGUUGGAACGCUGUUGUUCGGACCCAAAAACGGUCCGGAUGUGCUCAACAAGGUCAGGCAGGCCGGUUCGCCUCUUGUGGACGACUGGCAAUGCUUGAAAUCAAUGGUGAGAGCGUUCGAGGGGAAGUGUGGGUCGUUGACGCAGUACGGGAUGAAGCACAUGAGAGCAUUUGCGAACAUCUGUAACAGUGGGAUAUCGGAUGCGACGAUGGAGGAAGCAUCUGGUGUAGCGUGUGCAGGGUAUGCAGCCGGUAAUUCGAGCCCGGUGACCGUCGGAUUCAGUGCUUGAAAGAUGGGGAGUUGAUCUCUACAUAUAUCUCAGAGAUUGUUGUAAUGCUAUAGCAGGGGAAGAUUAAAUAGCGGUAAGCGUUGGGAUGUGUUAUGUAAAUAAUGGGGGUUUAUCUUAUCGUUCUUGCUGUGAACUUUGAUGUAUAGGGCCUAUAGGCCUAUAAGGUCGUGAAAUUAAAAUUAUAUGAAAAAGAUCAAUAGAGUUCGGCUCCAUUCUGGGCUCGGGGCUUUGGAUCUUGUUGGGCUUUUGGGCUGGGAGGCUUGCUCAUCUACUAGUGGGAAGUAGUUGUUGGGCGGGCCUGCUGUGGAGAAGAGGUAGCCCAUUCACCGUGGUUGUUGAAGUGUGCUCCUUUGACAUGUUCUUCCCUGCCGAAAUGGCGGCUCCAAAAUGAUUGGUCCAUGAUAGUGCGACUUUUCCUUCAAAAAGAGUCAACGCUGAACGAAAUUAUUUGUUGGGUGAACCUUCCUAUUUCUGAAGUCAGCUUUUGUGCAACCGAAGGGAAAUUCAAAUGACCGCUCCACUCGUCGAUCGGAACAAGCUUGGGAGGGAGGUUUGACUUCUCAUUCAUCAAUGAACCUUCCUAUGUUACCUCAACUUAUGCACCUAUGGUAUAUUCAUCCAAUCCAAUCCAAUAUAAACCAGUAUCUUGU